GUGCGCGUCGGCAUACAAAUCAGGACAUUGUAUCGAGCUACACGGUGGGCAAGAGGAAGCCCGGGCUCGAUUCUAAAAAUAGCAGAACGCCAGAGAUGCACAGAUCCAGGCGGAACAGCCCGGCCAACCGAGACUCCUCAAACCCCCCCCCCCACCACGAGAUAAACGGGUACACCACUCACCGCGAUAGACCUAUGAGUAUGCAAUUGGGUGCACCUGUGGGCCAUACCUACCACGCGGACGGCCCGUCCAAUCGGAAGUCGUGGCGUAGCAUAGCCAGCCGCACGAUCAGUGUGGAUGCUGCGCACUUUAACUUUGACGAGCCGCCGAUACACACGGCGCCGUUUCAGUCGCCGAGUUCAGAGCUGUCGCUUAACGCAUUGAACGAUUCUGCCGGUGUUCAGUCCAAAAAGCGCGGUAGCGUUGAGAAUAAAAGCACCGAUCCCAAAGCACGUGCUGGUUCUAGCGCCAUCACACCGUCGCGCACAGCCACACCCACGAACGCGAAGCUCAACGGCACAACUAGCGACGUCCAAUCAAAUGCGACCGAUAUGUUCGGAGAGCCAAUCAUUGGAGCAGAAAUAGGUGGUGGGCUGAGUGAUGCUCUGGGCAUGGUCAGCACAGGGUCCUUACCCGUUCAGAAGGAAAUCGUAACCAAACGAGAGAGUAAUGCCAGUGAUGACUACAAAUUAGGACCACCUGACGAGCAGAAGCCGCUGGCAGCCAAGUCGUGGCGUGACUUGGCCAAGCUGAAUUUUAAUAAGAAACACUACACCUUUGACCAACGGGCAAAUGGUACUGAUUCCUCUGGGCACAACAGCCCGGACUCCGUCUCCUCUGCUCGAGGUUCCUUUGAAUUCGGUCUAAACGCAAUCGCCAAAACCGUUAAAACAGGAAUUGCAAGCCCGCGAGAAAACACACACACCGCCACCACCUACUCAAAAAAUACACACCCGUCCUCAUUCUCGGCAUCGGAAUCGGAGGCGGACCGCUCGACAGUACAAUUUGUGAACAGCAUUGGGGCGAAAGCCAAAGCCAAAACCAAAACCAAAACCAAGACCCAAACCCAAACCCAAACCCAAGCCCAAAACCAAAACCAAAACCAAGGCCCCGGAUCGCUUAGCAACCCCAAUACAUCGGACGAAGACAACUCGUCACAGGCCUACAACAAGCGCACCCGCGCGCUCAAGAGCAAGCUACUCACCAUACAGAGUGUGGGGAGUGCGUUAGAGAGAGGUAUAGACGCUACUGAGGAUGAGAGGCGUGCAGGGGAGUCACCACAGUCGCCUACGUUACUUAGCACGGUGACCAGUGAAGACAGCUUCUCGGCUAACGUAUUGGGCAGUGCACACCCCGAGGAGAUUAACAGUGAACUGCAGCGGAUUAACGAAGCGGCUAUGCGUGUGUGUGAGACUGAGCUGUUGGGACGCACACAGACACAGACACAGACACAGACACAGCCAGGGGGGGGUCUACACACCCAGACAAGUGGGGGUCUACACACACAGGCCGGGGGUGGCACGGAUGUGGAUGGGAAAGGAAACGGUAACGGAAACGGCAACGGAAACGGGCACGGAAACGGGCACGGAAACGGUAACGGAACGGUGGAGAAGGACCAGGAGAGUAGCGAGAGAAGUGAGAGCAAAGAGAGCUUACGUGCACAACAGCACGCGGUGGUGACACGCAGUCCUUCGUACGCACACACACACGCACGUCCUCACUCGCAGAGCAAAGCCCUGGACAUUCGUAGGAGCGACAAUGGGGGGGAGGCCGGUGUGAGGAUGCACGAAGUGCUGUAUGGCCAUAGAAACGGGACAAAUUCGGCCCAAAAAACACACGAGGACUUGGACACGGAGACCAAGGCCAAGGCCAAGAUCACGGUCCGGCGGCGCGGUCCCGGAAGGACCACGGCGGAGCGGCCCAAGAGUGCGUCGUACUCGUGCUUGCACGUACCGUCCAAUGGGACAAAUGGCAAUGGGAAUACGCCUAAAUUUGGGCAUCACGCGAGGAGCUUAGCUAGUCCGCAUUCAUUGACUGACCUGCUGUCACCCAGGCCGAUAACACCGCGGGCGAAGACGUCCAUGACGUAUGCGGCGGCUGGAAUGUUUGUUAACGAUGCGGUAUGA